AGAGUUCACUCUGAUAUGGCUGAUGUUUGGUGCGCGGUCAUUCUGACAGAGUGGGACUUCGCUCUUUCUAUCCUCUCUUUGCUGCAAACUACACUAUCCAAAACACCAUAGGCUGCAGCCAAUGGGCCACACGGGCUGAAUGCAAGAGCUACUGUAUAAUAUCGGCAGUAAUAAACAUACUGAGGACAUAAUCACUUACUGAGGUUCUGCAACAAUGUUAUUCAGGUUCGGUGUCAUUCUCACUGCGCAGUCUUCGGAUGUAGAGGUGUUUGUUUUGGGUUCCCGUGUGGAAAUGGGCCAGUGGGAUCCGAGCGGAGCGGUUCCGAUGGAAAACACGCACAAGCUGCUGUCAACACACGAACCGAGUCUGUGGAUCGGAGACGUGCAGCUGGCAGAGCCGGUCAAAGACACACUGUGGUUCAAGUUCGUCAAGAGAGUCAGCGGCACUUAUAUGUGGGAAGGUAGCGGCCCGAGCCAUGACAGAUGUUGUUCAUAUGAUGAGAGGAACGUGGUGGAUGGAGUGUACUGCCAUCCGAUUGGUCACUGGAUAGAGGAAACAGGACACACAGAUGAGAUGAAACACACCACCAACUUCUACUUCAGUGUGGCUGGUCAGAAGGCCAUUCAUUUCUCCAGGGUGCUGCCACGUAUUUGGCUGGGCAGCUGCCCUCGACAGGUGGAACAUGUGACUAUAAAGAUGAAGCAUGAAUUGGGGAUUACUGCAGUGAUGAACUUCCAGACAGAGUGGGAUGUGGUGAACAACUCCAAUGGCUGCAGGCGCAACCCCGAGGAAGUCAUGACCCCAGAGACCAUGAUGCAUUUGUACAAAGACUGUGGCCUGGUGUAUGUGUGGAUACCCACACCUGACAUGAGCACCGAGGGUCGGAUCAGGAUGAUUCCCCAGGCUGUGUUCUUGCUUCAUGGUCUCUUAGAGAAUGGUCACACCGUCUAUGUUCACUGUAACGCUGGAGUAGGCAGGUCGACGGCAGCUGUGUGUGGUCUGCUCAUGUACGUCCUUGGCUGGAGCCUGAGGAAGGUGCAGUACUUUGUUGCGGCCAGGAGGCCGGCAGUGUACAUAGAUGAGGAGGCUUUAGUCCAGGCUCAGGCAGACUUCAUCCAGAAGUUUGGACAACUGCGAUCAUCCAUCUCUUACCCAGACAUGUGAGAACUGAGUGUCCUUAUAGGUCUAAAGUCUUCAAAAUGGAAAGCUCUACUGGACUGGACUCUUGGAAACUAAAAUUAUUUGACAAAGUGUCAAAAAUAUACUGCAUAGUCAGCGUGAAAGGUGCCAGAAAGUGAAAUAACCUAUAGCAAGAAAAUUAACUAAUUUCCACUUAAAUCUAAUGUAAGUAAACGACCCACUUCAGCUGAGUGGCUUUCGAAAUCUGGUUAAUCCCCAAGUAUCUAGAGAGAGUUCUGCUGGCUGACAGCACAGAUGUUCCAAGCAAUUAAUCCUACUGUGAUGUGUUAGCUUGUAACUUCAGGAAUUACCCUCUGCCAUUUAGCACCUACAGUUGCAAAUUGUGCACUUGGAGUCAGCUUCAGUAGUUGUUUUCAGUAAAUGUCUUCAGGGGUUUUUGGAAAGACCUUUUCUUUUAGCUUGUUUUGUAUUGAUCAAUACAGAGAAGGCAACUUUAUGCUGAUGUUUUGAACAGCAAUACAUGAGAAUGAAUAACAGCAAAAAAAAGAAAAUCAUUAUACUACCUACUACCUAUACCGCUGUUUGCUUUCAUCCAACAAGCCGUGCUCCUCAGUAAAGGAGCUAUUGCAUGGUUGUGUAUCACUUUAGAGAAUCCCCUUUUUAAUUCAGAAACGAUAAUUAUCUCCUUGUUUUCUUUUUUGGGAAAGAGGUCUUAACGGUGCAUGAAAAUGGAAUUUCUUGCCAAAGCAACAAAUUGAUUCCAAAAACCAAAAUAAUGACAAUGCCUCUCCCUCUCUAUCAGAGAGGUAUUCAGCUCCCAGACAUUGAAGAAUACAGCCCCGCCCCAUCUCUCUCAGAGAGCUUGAUAGCAUUUCAUCUUUAUUUAUUAAUCCGACAGAUGCUAUUCUGACCCAUCUCCUAAAUAACGAAAACAACAUCCCUGCCAGACCAUUUUAAUGCAUACAUAAUAAGACAUUAUUGGAAUACUGUUUGUCAAUUUUGAACAUCUGCCUAGACUGCUAUUGAGGAUAUAUUGCUUUUUCAAAAUAGUGUUUUUGUUACCUGUCCCCGAUUUAAGAAAGUUAGUAGAUUAGACCUUUCCCCUCAAGCACAAGCCAUUACCUUUUAGUAGAUUUUUCAGUAAACAGCACCUUAUGAGGAUGUCAAUGGGACGGGUUGGUGGAUUGAACCAUACACGUGCGCUAGGGAAGUAAAUCAUUGUGAAAAUGUUCUAAAAAUAUUCACAAAAACUGAAUAUGAAAUGAGUGACAUGCUUUUCUUCCUUUUUUUGAAUAGGCAGAGUGUUUACUGGUUUGAGGAAAAGUAUGUCUGUGUAUACAGUACUGUAUGUGCAUGAGUGCUGGGGUUUGUCACUUAAUGGAUGCCCAUGUAAUUGGUAAAUACGUUGCAUUUAUUCCACUGGGUUAUAGCCAGUGAUUGAUGUUAAAAAGUAUUUGUAGUCCACAUGAUUUCCAGGAUCUGCCAAUCACCUACACCGGUUUCCCCGAAUCUUUGCAUUUACAUAAGAGAAAGUAUUAGAGAGCAUUUGCAACUGUCAAAGAGAUGUUUUUCUUGUUGUGCAGAUGAAAUCACAAAUAUCUCUAAAGUACCAUUUAAUCCAGAAUGUGCCGAGAAGACACACUGUGUACACCUGU